UUCUUCUUCUUGAACUCUUCUUAUACAAUCUCUCCCUCUCUCUCUCUCUUUCUAUGGCUUGACUCUUUAAGGAAAAACCUAGAUGGAGAAAAUGGAAAAUAUAACCAGCACUUAUAACUACGGAGGAGUAGAAUGGCUAUGCGAGCCAUGGUUAGGUGCAGGCUCGACGGGGAUAGGGCGUGGAGAGAAUCCUCUCAAGUUCGCUCUUCCUCUUCUCCUCCUUCAGAUAUCUGUGGUAUCCUUAUUUUCCGCCUUUUUUCAGUUUCUUCUCCGGCCUUUCGGAAAAUUUCAAUUCCUCACUCAGAUCCUGGCUGGGAUAUCCUUAGGACCGUCGGUUAUAGGACGUAACAAACAGUACAUGUCGACAUUUUUCUACACAAGAAGCUUGUACAUAAUCGAAUCCUACGAGGCCAUGUGUUUCCUCUUCAUUUGCUAUAUCACAACAUGUCAAGUAGACACAAGGAUGAUAAAGAGAGUAGGAAAGUUAGCAUUCAUAAACGGAAUCUUGCUUUUUCUUAUACCUUUCGUGUGGGGGCAAUUCACGGCCAUCUUGAUCUCCAAGCGGCUUGGAGGCGGGCCCGCAGGGAUCCCUCCCGUGGAGUUCCACCACAUUGGGAUUGUGCAGUCGACCAUGUGGUUUCAGGUGGUUUACGGAGUGUUGUCGAGCCUAAAGAUGUUGAACACUGAGCCAGGGAGGUUAGCACUUGCCUCCAUGAUGGUUCAUGACUGCCUCUCUUGGUGUUUUUUCAUGGUUAACAUCGCUGUUAAACUCAACGUUGACUUAGGCGAUAAAAGUCUAGCCCUUUUCAUGGCCAUCGCACAGAUGCUAAUGAUAGGGGUAAUAGUGUACGUGUUCCGACCAAUAAUGAAGUGGAUGAUGAAGAGAACACCAGAAGGACACUCUCUAAAGGCCUCGUAUCUAUCCGUUAUAUGUGUCUUGCUUUUCCUCUCCUCUCUGUGGGCAGAAUUUGUCCGCUUACCUUACUUCUUUGGUGCGGUCGUCUUGGGUCUAGCCACCCCAAAACGUCAGCCUCUAGGCACAGGACUUUCGGACAAAAUGGGUUGUUUUGUCUGGUCUGUCCUGAUGCCUUGCUACAUCAUCGGCAUCGGCUACAAUCUCGAUCUGUCUCUGUUUUCCUUUAGAGAUGUUAUCCGUUAUGAGCUGCUUUUUGGCGUGGUCCGGUUCGCCAAAAUGGUGGCUAUUGCCUUGCCUUCCCUUUACUUUAAUGUUCCACUUUGGCAAGCCAUUCUUGUCGGAUUUAUCGUCAAUAUCCAAGGAAUUUACGAUGUUCAGAUCUACAAACAGAACCUCAACUACACGAAAAUAUCAACAAAAUCUUUUGGAGCAAUGGUGAUGUCAGCAACGGUAAACUCGACAGUAAUUAUAGUGAUAGUGAAGAAAUUGUACCACACGAUGAGCAAACGCAACCCUUACAAGAGACGUACGGUUCAACACUGCCGAGCCGAGGCUCCGCUGAGGAUCCUCACUUGUUUCCGGCAGCGCGAGGCGGUCCGCCCGGUGCUCGACCUCCUCGAACUGUCUCGUCCAGUCAUCGGAUCUCCUCUCUCAGUCUUCGCCGUGAACCUAGAAGAGCUUAAUAACCAUAGUCUUCCUCUUCUGAUCCAUCACACGCAGGAGAUAAGUCCCUUCAUCGUGCCUAGCCGAAGAGAGCAGAUCGUUAAGGCCUUCCACAACUACGAGAAGACCAACCCGGAGACCGUAUUGAUAGAGUGCUUCACGGCGGUGGCGCCGCGGAAGACGAUGCACGAGGACGUGUGCGCCAUUUCCUUUGACCAGGAGACAGAUCUUGUGGUCCUAACUCUCGAUGCCGGGAUCGAGUCGUGGGAGAGGCAGCUGUGUCGGAAUCUCCUGCAAACCUGUCCUUGCUCCGUCGCGCUCUUCAUAGACCGAGGAAGGCUCCCAGAUUUCAGGUUCGUUCCGAUCAAAAAGCUUUGCAUCAAUAUCUGUGCUAUCUUCUUAGGCGGGCCAGACGAUCGAGAAAUGCUUGCUUUUGCUACACGCUUAGCAAACCAUCCAAGCGUCUCGCUUCAUGUCUUCCGCCUCGUGGACCAGAACGGCGUCUCCCCGCUCCGAGACAUGGUCGAGAGAAACCACGACAUGAGAGUCAUGAACGUGUUCCGCAAAGAGAAUUCCGACAAAAACAUCAUCUUCAGAGAGGUAAGGAUAGAGGAAGCGGUGGAGCUAAUGGAGUUGCUAAGGAAGGAAGGAGACGACUUCGAUCUGAUGAUGGUCGGGAUAAGACACGAAGAGGAUCUUUUGAUGUUGGAAGGAUUGUCAGAGUGGAGCGACAUGAAGGAGUUAGGAGAGGUUGGAGAUUUGCUCAUCUCCAGAGAUCUCGAGCUCUCUGUUUCUGUUCUUGCAGUCCAGCAGUGAGCCUAGCUCCUCCUCGACUGUUUUUCUUUUCCUUCUGUUUGGCUACUGUUUUUAUUUAUGGAUUUUGUACAGUCUUUU